CCCCUUCAUUUAGUGAACUUUUCUCUAGACACGUCCCAGACGGACUCCCCAUUCAUUCCCUGAUUCUUGUCUCCACCCCCAGCCCCGAAGCCUAUAUUAUUCCAGUGGGAGCACGUUCCUCUCUCUCUCUCUCUUCUGUGCUACUGAAUCAAUGUCUUCCGAAAAGAUCUUCCUGGAGGGUGAGAGCUGUCAGUCUUCCUGGCACAAUGCGACUGCGGGGUACGAUGAGACUGACACUCACCUGGAGAUCCUGGGCAAACCGGUGAUGGAGAGGUGGGAGACCCCAUACAUGCACAGCCUGGCGACGGUAGCGGCCAGCAAGGGUGGCCGUGUGCUGGAGAUAGGUUUCGGCAUGGCAAUUGCAGCCACUAAGUUGGAACAGUGCAACAUUGAGGAACAUUGGAUAAUUGAAUGCAAUGAUGGUGUAUUCAAGCGGCUUCAGGAGUGGGCCACAAAGCAACCACAUAAGAUUGUGCCAUUAAAAGGGCUGUGGGAGGAUGUAGUGCCAACAUUGCCCGAUGGACACUUUGAUGGGAUCCUUUAUGACACAUACCCUCUCUCUGAAGAAACAUGGCACACACACCAGUUCAACUUCAUCAAGGGUCACGCUUAUCGGCUGCUUAAACCUGGUGGAGUCCUUACCUAUUGUAAUUUGACAUCUUGGGGUGAACUACUGAAGACCAAAUACAAUGACAUAGAAAAAAUGUUCCAGGAGACUCAGACUCCGCAACUAGUGGAUGCUGGUUUCAAGUGUGAGAACAUUAGUACUACUGUAAUGGACCUGGUACCCCCUGAGGAUUGUAGAUACUACUCCUUCAAAAAGAUGAUCACACCAACCAUUAUUAAAGUCUGAGAAACUGUGGAACCUACAUUUGUAACAGGAACCAAAAUGGUCACACUGGCCAUCUGCUAAAUGAUUACUGGAUCUUCUUCUGUAUGAGAGACUGUAAAACCAUGAGGGCAAGAGUUGUGAUUUUUAGUUUUAUACAGCAAGCACUCUGCCAGCAAAUUACAGUGAAUGAUCAAUAAAGCCAUAUGUUUGGAA